GUUUAUAUUCUUUGACAACACAAACUGUGUGUGUAUGGAAGGGAGGAGAAUAAAUAUAUACAUACAUACAUACAUAUAUAUAGAGAAAGAGAGAGAGAUAACUAAGGGGAGGGUACCAAGGUGAAUUGACAUUUAAAAAACUCUACAAAGUCGCACAGAUGAUGCUUACCGACAAAAGUAGCGAGGAAUCGCGAUGGGGGAAGUGGUGGAACUUGACGAAGAACUAUUUCAUGGAUGUUGGUCACGUGUAUCUCGACUUCGCAGGGCCUCUUUUACUGAUGAUUGCCGCGAAUAUGGCGAUUGAUUCGCAGGAUAAGGAGCGCUUUGGGUUGAGUUGGCUGUACUACACAAGCUUGAAGAGCGAUCAGGAGCGAGAAACGAAGUUCCCGCCGCAUGAGCCCUCUAGCGCUGCGCAACGCCGUCGGGUGGAGGCCGCCAGCGCCGCAGACGCCAUAGCUUCCAUUUGAGGAAAAAACGGAAGAGGGGUGAAUUAAAAGGCGACGGGGAAAGGGGAGAAAACUAAAAGGAAAGAAGAGGGGGCUCACGACCUAUGAGGACACCUUUUUAUUUUCUGAUUCAGAAGAAAUCAAUUACGUUCUCUACGGUUUUUACUGUCGUUUUACUAAAACGCAUCCCUCUCCCUUCCCCUACCCGCUGAGAGUGAGUGUGGAUUGUUUGGUUUACUCUGAUCGUAUACUAUAACGUUUUUUGGGAGGUAACAAUUUGCAGAUUGGAAUAAGUAAAGUAUAAAGUGUUCCUUGAUUCUAAGGUAAGUAAUUCGUUUUGUUGUUUGGAGCGCUCGCGGUGCAUUGAUUGGAUAAGCGAUGAUGAUGGUUGUGUUGGUGAUGGUAAGUCAUCGCGAAGCGUAUUAUGUGGCAGGUUACUGCAUCUUUCUUCGUCCCUGUUUAUAAUCUUAUUCUUGUAAAAA